AUGUGUCCCAGAAACUGCAGCUGCCUCUUCCCUCUCUUUCCCUCUAUUCGACCCGUGAGGAUCAGAUUCUCCGGGCCCUCUUUCCUCAUUAUGUGUCUCAGAAACUUCAGCUGCCUCUUCCCUCUCUUUCCCACUAUUCGACCCAAACACCAGCUGACUCUUCCCUCUCUUUCCCUCUAUUCGACCCGUGAGUGUCACAUUCUCCAGGCCCUCCUUCCUUAUUAUGUGUCCCAGAAACUCCAGCUGCCUCUUCCCUCUCUAUCCCUCAAUUCGACCCGUGAAAACUCCAGCUGCCUCUUCCCUCUCUUUCCCUCUAUUCGACCAGUGAGUAUCAGAUUCUCCAGGCCCUCCUUCCUUAUUAUGUGUCCCAGAAACUCCAGCUGCCUCUUCCCUCUCUUUCUCUCUAUUCGACUCAAAUCAGAUUCCAGCUGCUUCCUCUUAUGUGUCCCAGAAACUCUUUCCUCUCUUUUCUCUAUUCGACCUAAACUCCAGCUGUGUCCUCUUCCCUCUCUUUUCUCUCUAUUCGACUCCUCUUCCUCUUAUUUUUUUUAUGUGGGGUCCCCUCCAGCUUCUUCCUCUUCCUCUCUCUAUUCGACCCGUGGUAUCAGAUUCUCCAGGCCCUCCUUCCUUAUUGUGUCCCAGAAACUCCAGCUGCCUCUUCCUCUCUUUCUCUCUAUUCGACCUAAACUCCAGCUGCCUCUUCCCUCUCUUUCCUCUCUAUUCUCCACCCGUGUCCCAGUAUCAGAUUCUCCAGGCCCUUCUUCCCGUUUAUGUGUCCCAGAAACUCCAGCUGCCUCUUCCCUCUCUUUCCCUCUAUUCACCCAAACUUCAGCUGCCUCUUCCUCUCUUUCCUCUAUUCGACCCGUGGGUAUCAGAUUCUCCAGGACCUCCUUCCUUUUAUGUGUCCCAGAAACUUCAGCUGCCUCUUCCCUCUCUUUCCCUCUAUUCAACCUAAACUUCACUGCCUCUUCCUCUCUUUCCUCUAUUCGACCCGUAGCAGAUUCUCAGGCUUCCUCAUUAUGUGUCCCUCUUCCCUCUCUUUCCUCUAUUCGACCUGUGAAACUUCAGCUGCCUCUUCCCUCUCUUUCCUCUAUUCGACCCGUGGGUAUCAGAUUCUCCAGGCCCUCCUUCCUUUGUGUGUCCCAAGAAACUUCAGCUGCCUCUUCCCUCUCUUUCCCUCUAUUCGACCCCAAACUUCAGCUGCCUCUUCCCUCUCUUUCCUCUAUUCGACCCGUGAGUAUCAGAUUCUCCAGGCCCUCCUUCCUCAUUUUAUGUGUCCCAGAAACUUCAGCUGCCUCUUCCCUCUCUUUCCCUCUAUUCGACCCAAACUCCAGCUGCCUCUUCCUCUCUUUCCCUCUAUUCGACCCGUGGGUAUCAGAUUCUCCAGGCCCUCCUUCCUCAUUAUGUGUCCCAGAAACUUCAGCUGCCUCUUCCCUCUCUUUCCUCUCUUUCGACCCUGUGGGUAUCAGGUCUCCAGGCCCUCCUUCCUCAUUAUGUGUCCAGAAACUUCAGCUGCCUCUUCCCUCUCUUUCCUCUCUAUUCGACCCAAACUUCAGCUGCCUCUUCCCUCUCUUUCCCUCUAUUCGACCCGUGAGUAUCAGAUUCUCCAGGCCCUCUUUCCUCAUUAUGUGUCCCAGAAACUUCAGCUGCCUCUUCCCUCUCUUUCCCUCUAUUCGACCCAAACUUCAGCUGCCUCUUCCCUCUCUUUCCCUCUAUUCGACCCGUGGGUAUCAGUUUAUCCAGGCCCUCCUUCCUCAUUAUGUGUCCCAGAAACUUCAGCUGCCUCUUCCCUCUCUUUCCGUCUAUUCGACCCGUGGAAACUUGAGCUGUCUCUUCCCUCUCUUUCCCUCUCUUCAACCUGUGAGUAUCAGAUUCUCCAGGCCCUCUUUCCUCAUUAUGUGUCCCAGACACUUCAGCUGCCUCUUCCCUCUCUUUCACUCUAUUCAACCUAAACUUCAGCUGCCUCUUCCCUCUCUUUCCUCUAUUCGACCCGUGGUAUCAGAUUCUCUAGGUCCUCUUUCCUCAUUAUGUGUCUCAGAAUCUUCAGCUGCCUCUUCCCUCUCUUUUCUUCUAUUCGACCCAAACUUCCUCUUCCCUCUCUUUCCCUCUAUGCCUCUUCCUCUCUUUCCCCCUCUAUUCGACCCGUGGGUAUCAGAUUCUCCAGGCCCUCUUUCCUCAUUAUGUGUCCCAGAAACUUCCAGCUGCCUCUUCCCUCUCUUUCCCUCUAUUCGACCCGUGAAACUUCAGCUGCCUCUUCCCUCUCUUUCCCUCUAUUCGACCCGUGAGUAUCAGAUUCUCCAGGCCCUCUUUCCUCAUUAUGUGUCCCAGAAACUUCAGCUGCCUCUUCCCUCUCUUUCCCUCUAUUCGACCCGUGAAACUUCAGCUGCCUCUUCCCUCUCUUUCCCUCUAUUCGACCCGUGGUAUCAGAUUCUUCAGGACCUCUUUCCUCAUUAUGGGUCUCAGAAACUUCAGCUGCCUCUUCCCUCUCUUUCCCUCUAUUCGACCCAAACUUCAGCUGCCUCUUCCCUCUCUUUCCCUCUAUUCGACCCGUGGGUAUCAGAUUCUUCAGGACCUCUUUCCUCAUUAUGUGUCUCAGAAACUUCAGCUGCCUCUUCCCUCUCUUUCCCUCUAUUCGACCCAAACUUCAGCUGCCUCUUCCCUCUCUUUCCCUCUAUUCGACCCGUGGGUAUCAGAUUCUCCAGGCCCUCUUUCCUCAUUAUGUGUCCCAGAAACUUCAGCUGCCUCUUCCCUCUCUUUCCCUCUAUUCGACCCAAACUUCAGCUGCCUCUUCCCUCUCUUUCACUCUGUUCAACCUGUGAGUAUCAGAUUCUUCAGGACCUCUUUCCUCAUUAUGUGUCCCAGAAACUUCAGCUGCCUCUUCCCUCUCUUUCCCUCUAUUCGACCCAAACUUCAGCUGCCUCUUCCUCUCUUUCCCUCUCUAUUCGACCCCCGUGGUAUCAGAUUCUCCAGGCCCUCUUUCCUCAUUAUGUGUCCCAGAAACUUCAGCUGCCUCUUCCCUCUCUUUCCCUCUAUUCGACCCGUGAAACUUCAGCUGCCUCUUCCUCUCUUUCCCUCUAUUCGACCCGUGGGUAUCAGAUUCUCCAGGCCCUCCUUCCUCAUUAUGUGUCCCAGAAACUUCAGCUGCCUCUUCCCUCUCUUUCCGUCUAUUCGACCCGUGGAAACUUCAGCUGUCUCUUCCCUCUCUUUCACUCUGUUCAACAUGUGAGUAUCAGAUUCUCCAGGCCCUCUUUCCUCAUUAUGUGUCCCAGAAACUUCAGCUGCCUCUUCCCUCUCUUUCCCUCUAUUCGACCCAAACUUCAGCUGCCUCUUCCCUCUCUUUCCCUCUAUUCGACCCGUGAGUAUCAGAUUCUUCAGGACCUCUUUCCUCAUUAUGUGUCUCAGAAACUUCAGCUGCCUCUUCCCUCUCUUUCCCUCUAUUCGACCCAAACUCCAGCUGCCUCUUCCCUCUCUUUCCCUCUAUUCGACCCGUGGGUAUCAGAUUCUCAGGCCCUCCUUCCUCAUUAUGUGUCUCAGAAACUUCCAGCUGCCUCUUCCCUCUCUUUCCCUCUAUUCGACCCAAACUUCAGCUGCCUCUUCCCUCUCUUUCCCUCUAUUUCGACCCGUGAGUAUCAGAUUCUCCAGGCCCUCCUUCCUCAUUAUGUGUCCCAGAAACUUCCAGCUGCCUCUUCCCUCUCUUUCCCUCUAUUCGACCCGUGUAUCAGAUUCUUCAGGCCCUCUUUCCUCAUUAUGUGUCCAGAAACUUCAGCUGCCUCUUCCCUCUCUUUCCCUCUAUUCGACCCAAACUUCAGCUGCCUCUUCCCUCUCUUUCCCUCUAUUCGACCCGUGAGUAUCAGAUUCUCCAGGCCCUCCUUCCUUUUUAUGUGUCCCAGAAACUUCAGCUGCCUCUUCCCUCUCUUUCCCUCUAUUCGACCCAAACUUCAGCUGCCUCUUCCUCUCUUUCUCUAUUCGACCCGUGAGUAUCAGAUUCUCAGGCCCUCCUUCCUCAUUAUGUGUCCCAGAAACUCCAGCUGCCUCUUCCCUCUCUUUCCCUCUAUUCGACCCAAACUUCAGCUGCCUCUUCCCUCUCUUUCCCUCUAUUCGACCCGUGAGUAUCAGAUUCUCCAGGCCCUCCUUCCUCAUUAUGUCCCAGAAACUUCAGCUGCCUCUUCCCUCUCUUUCCCUCUAUUCGACCCAAACUUCCAGCUGCCUCUUCCCUCUCUUUCCUCUCUAUUCGACCCGUGGUAUCAGAUUCUCCAGGCCCUCUUUCCUCAUUAUGUGUCCCAGAAACUUCAGCUGCCUCUUCCCUCUCUUUCCCUCUAUUCGACCCAAACUUCAGCUGCCUCUUCCCUCUCUUUCCCUCUAUUCGACCCGUGGUAUCAGAUUCUCCAGGCCCUUUUCCUUUUUAUGUGUCCCAGAAACUCCAGCUGCCUCUUCCCUCUCUUUCCCUCUAUUCGACCCAAACUUCAGCUGCCUCUUCCCUCUCUUUCCCUCUAUUCGACCCGUGGUAUCAGAUUCUCCAGGCCCUCUUUCCUUUAUGUGUCCCAGAAACUCCAGCUGCCUCUUCCCUCUCUUUCCCUCUAUUCGACCCAAACUCCAGCUGCCUCUUCCUCUCUUUCCCUCUAUUCGACCCGUGAGUAUCAGAUUCUCCAGGCCCUCCUUCCUCAUUAUGUGUCUCAGAAACUCCAGCUGCCUCUUCCCUCUCUUUCCCUCUAUUCGACCCAAACUUCAGCUGCCUCUUCCCUCUCUUUCCCUCUAUUCGACCCAAACUUCAGCUGCCUCUUCCCUCUCUUUCCCUCUAUUCGACCCGUGAGUAUCAGAUUCUCCAGGCCCUCUUUCCUCAUUAUGUGUCCCAGAAACUUCAGCUGCCUCUUCCCUCUCUUUCCCUCUAUUCGACCCAAACUCCAGCUGCCUCUUCCUCUCUUUCCCUCUAUUCGACCCGUGAGUAUCAGAUUCUCCAGGCCCUCUUCCUUUUUAUGUGUCCCAGAAACUCCAGCUGCCUCUUCCCUCUCUUUCCCUCUAUUCGACCCGUGGAAACUCAGCUGCCUCUUCCCUCUCUUUCCCUCUAUUCGACCCGUGGUAUCAGAUUCUCCAGGCCCUCCUUCCUUUUUAUGUGUCCCAGAAACUCCAGCUGCCUCUUCCCUCUCUUUCCCUCUAUUCGACCCAAACUCCAGCUGCCUCUUCCCUCUCUUUCCCUCUAUUCGACCUGUGAGUAUCAGAUUCUCCAGGCCCUCUUUCCUCAUUAUGUGUCCCAGAAACUCCAGCUGCCUCUUCCCUCUCUUUCUCUCUAUUCGACCUAUUCUCCAGGCCCUCUUCCUUUUAAAUGAAACUCCAGCUGCCUCUUCCCUCUCUUUCCUCUAUUCGACCCAAUCAGAUUCUUCAGGCUUUCCUCUUCCCUCUCUUCCUCUCUUUCCCUCUAUUCGACCCAAACUUCAGCUGCCUCUUCCCUCUCUUUCCCUCUAUUCGACCCGUGGGUAUCAGAUUCUCCAGGCCCUCCUUCCUCAUUAUGUGUCCCAGAAACUUCAGCUGCCUCUUCCCUCUCUUUCCCUCUAUUCGACCCAAACUCCAGCUGCCUCUUCCCUCUCUUUCCUCUAUUCGACCCGUCUUCUCCAGGCCCUCCUUCCUUUUAUGUGUCCCAGAAACUCUUCCCCUCUUCCUCUCUUUCCCUCUAUUCGACCCGUGGUAUCAGAUUCUCAGGCCCUCCUUCCUUUUUAUGUGUCCCAGAAACUCCAGCUGCCUCUUCCCUCUCUUUCUCUCUAUUCGACCCAAACUCCAGCUGCCUCUUCCUCUCUUUCUCUCUAUUCAACCCGUAUUCAGAUUCUCCGUCUUUCCUUUUGUGUAUCAGAUUCUCAGGCCCCUCUCUUUCCCUCUAUUCGACCCGUGUUCUCCAGGCCCUCCUUCCUUUUUAUGUGUCCCAGAAACUCCAGCUGCCUCUUCCCUCUCUUUUCUCUCUUUCUCAGAAACUCAUUCUUCCCUCUUUCCUCUAUUCGAGUAUCAGAUUCUCCAGGCCCUCCUUCCUUAUUAUGUGUCCCAGAAACUCCAGCUGCCUCUUCCCUCUCUUUCUCUCUAUUCGACCUAAACUCCAGCUGCCUCUUCCCUCUCUUUCCCUCUAUUCGACCCGUGAGUAUCAGAUUCUCCAGGCCCUCCUUCCUUUUAUGUGUCCCAGAAACUCCAGCUGCCUCUUCCCUCUCUUUCCCUCUAUUCGACCCAAACUCCAGCUGCCUCUUCCCUCUCUUUCCCUCUAUUCGACCCAAACUCCAGCUGCCUCUUCCCUCUUUUCCCUCUAUUCGACCCGUGGUAUCAGAUUCUCCAGGCCCUCUUUCCUUUGUGUGUCCCAGAAACUCCAGCUGCCUCUUCCCUCUCUUUCCCUCUAUUCGACCCAAACUCCAGCUGCCUCUUCCCUCUCUUUCCCUCUAUUCGACCCGUGAGUAUCAGAUUCUCCAGGCCCUCCUUCCUUUUUAUGUGUCCCAGAAACUUCAGCUGCCUCUUCCCUCUCUUUCCCUCUAUUCGACCCGUGAGUAUCAGAUUCUCCAGGCCCUCUUCCUUCCUUAUUAUGUCUUCCCUCUCUUUCCCUCUCCCCGUGAGUAUCAGAAACUCCAGUGUCCCAGAAACCUCUUCCCUCUCUUUCCCUCUAUUCGACCCGUGAGUAUCAGAUUCUCCAGGCCCUCCUUCCUUUUUAUGUGUCCCAGAAACUCCAGCUGCCUCUUCCCUCUCUUUCCCUCUUUUUCGACCCAAACUUCAGCUGCCUCUUCCCUCUCUUUCCUCUAUUCGACCCGUGAGUAUCAGAUUCUCAGUCCCAGAAACUUCUCCUCUUCCUCCUUUUUCUUCCCCGUGAAUUUAUGGUCCCCUUAUUAUGUGUCCCAAAACUCCAGCUGCCUCUUCCCUCUCUUUUUACUCUAUUCGACCCUAUCAGAUUCUCCAGGCCCUCCCUCCUUUUUAUGUGUCCCAGAAACUCCAGCUGCCUCUUCCCUCUCUUUCCCUCUAUUCGACCCAAACUUCAGCUGCCUCUUCCCUCUCUUUCCCUCUAUUCGACCCGUAUAUCAGAUUCUCCAGGCCCUCCUUCCUCUUUUAUGUGUCCCAGAAACUCCAGCUGCCUCUUCCCUCUCUUUCUCUCUAUUCGACUCAAACUCCAGCUGCCUCUUCCCUCUCUUUCUCUCUAUUCGACUCGUGAGUAUCAGAUUCUCCAGGCCCUCCUUCCUUUUUAUGUGUCCCAGAAACUCCAGCUGCCUCUUCCCUCUCUUUCCCUCUAUUCGACCCAAACUUCAGCUGCCUCUUCCCUCUCUUUCCCUCUAUUCGAACGUGAGUAUCAGAUUCUCCAGGCCCUCCUUCCUUAUUAUGUGUCACAGAAACUCCAGCUGCCUCUUCCCUCUCUUUCCCUCUAUUCGACCCAAACUCCAGCUGCCUCUUCCCUCUCUUUCUCUCUAUUCGACUCUCAGAUUCUCCAGUCCUUCCUUUUUAUGUGUCCCAGAAACUCCAGGCCUCUUCCUCUCUUUCCUCUAUUCGAUGUGUCCUCAGAAAUUAUGUGUCCCAGAAACUCCAGCUGCCUCUUCCCUCUCUUUCUCUCUAUUCGACCCAAACCCUCCUCUUCCUUCUUUCUCUGUCCCAGAAAUUCUCCAGGCCCUCCUUCCUUAUUAUGUGUCCCAGAAACUGCCUCUUCCUCUCUUUCUCUCUAUUCGACUCAAACUCCAGCUGCCUCUUCCCUCUCUUUCCCUCUAUUCGACCCGUGAGUAUCAGAUUCUCCAGGCCCUCCUUCCUUAUUAUGUGUCCCAGAAACUCCAGCUGCCUCUUCCCUCUCUUUCUCUCUAUUCGACUCAAACUCCAGCUGCCUCUUCCCUCUCUUUCCCUCUAUUCGACCCAAACUCCAGCUGCCUCUUCCCUCUCUUUCCCUCUAUUCGACCCGUGAGUAUCAGAUUCUCCAGGCCCUCCUUCCUUAUUAUGUGUCCCAGAAACUCCAGCUGCCUCUUCCCUCUCUUUCUCUCUAUUCGACUCAAACUUCAGCUGCCUCUUCCUCCCUUUCUCUAUUCGAAUCGUGAGUAUCAGAUUCUCCAGCCCCUCCUUCCUUUUUUGUGUCCCAGAAACUCCAGCUGCCUCUUCCCUCUCUUUCUCUCCUAUUCGACUCAAACUCCAGCUGCUCUUCCCUCUCUUUCUCUCUAUUCGACCCGUGAGUAUCAGAUUCUCCAGGCCCUCCUUCCUUAUUAUGUGUCCCAGAAACCCCAGCUGCCUCUUCCCUCUCUUUCUCUCUAUUCGACCCGUGACUCCGUCAUCACUCCUCCAAACACCUCGAUUCCUGGCGCAUUAGCUUUGAUAAACUGCUCUCCGGAGAAAAAUAAUCGUGUCGAGGAAUCAAAGAAGAGAAAAGCUCAAAUAGACAAUCGGAUUCAGAAAUACAUGGCUUCGGGCAAAAACCAACUGCGCGCCUCUCUCCAUCUCAAAUCCUGCGCGCCACUUCUGAUUUGA